AUGCACAAAUCGAACCAGGAAGGAGAAAUUGAGUUUGAUACAAAAAGUGGCAUGCAGAGUGUGGUGGUGAGGGGACAGCCUUUAGGGAAGUCAUUCUUCAAUAGCCUCAGCCCAGUAAUACAUAGCUACUGCCCUAUGUUAUCUACCGUAAUCCUGGUAGAGGAACCCUUACAGGUUGCUACCCCUCAGGUUAAGGGGAACCUGGAGUUCAUGUGGGCAGGGGCUCUCACUUCCCUGAAAGGUCGCCAGACCCUUGUUCCCAGGAAUACUGAAAAGGUGGAAGUUAACACAGUGACAAUGGUGGAUGAUUCCUCAUACAAUAAACUUCAACUAUGUCUCACAUGGAAUAGUUUCACUGACAACAUAAUCAACUCCCUCGAAUCUUCUUAUGGUGAUGGUGACUUUGUGGAUGUCACUUUGGCUUGUGAAGGAGAAAGCAUCAGAGCUCACAAACUAGUUUUGUCUGCUUGCAGCCAGUACCUGAAGAGGCUACUCAAGGAAAAUCCAUGUCCACAUCCAAUUAUUAUUUUAAAGGAUGUUGGGGUGGCAGAAUUGAAAGACUUGCUGGUUUAUAUGUACCAUGGAGAGGUACGGGUUGAACAAGACAGAAUUGCCAAACUACUUCACACAGCACAGAUCCUUGAGAUACGAGGUCUGCAGGACAUCAACCAGAGACUUGAUCAGGAAUUGGACAGUGGAAUAAAUGAAACAAGCAGUUUAAUUACACCUAUGGCUGAAGGGGCUCAGAAUCAAGAUACAGCAGCAUGUGAAUAUAAAGGCAGCCAACAGAACAAUGCCAGCAAUGUAACUCUCCUAGGAAAAUCAGUGUCUCUGACAGAGAAAACUGAAACAGCAGUACAAACAAGAUCAGUAAUGAAAUCUUCACUUGGAAGAAAGCCCAGACCCAUCCCAAUGUUACAAUGUAUCCAGCAGCCUGGAAAAGUGGAUGGUAAUGUUGUUAUGCCCAUGGCAGUAGACAGAGAUGAAGAUGAUGGUGGAGGAGAAGAAUCUAACAAUUCAUCCCUAGCACCAGAUCAUUCAGUCUUCCUAGAUGAUGUCAGAGUGAAAGAAGAGACCACAGAUGUUUCAGAACAGUUUGAAAACUUUGCAACCAAUCAGUCAUCAACUCUGGAUGAAAACUCGUCUGAUACAGAUCAACAUGAUUUCAACAACGGCUAUGCUAAUCCCUCAAUGAUCCUGACAGCAGGGCCUGGAAGGGGAUCUUUAGGCAUUGGUCUUCUGGCAGCACAAAUGCUGAAGAGAGUUGCAACCAGAGCAUCCAGCAAUGAAGGAGUAUCAACAGGAAAGGAGGCUCCUUCACUGGGAAACAUACUUCUGAACUCAUCUGAGGCAGAUCAAGCAGGGACAGUCACCAAAACACAAGAGGACUCCAGGUCUGAUGAAGUGACAAUAUCAUUAUUCAACAACAAAAACCGACAAUGGAAAAUGUCAUCUGGUGCUACUGCUCAGAGUUCAUCCUCAUUAGGAUCUGACACACAAAAUCAAUUGAAGGGUCUCAAACCAUGGGAACAACUGAAAUUAACUCAUACAAAUGACAGACAGCAAACUGCUGUAAACAAAGAUGUGUCUUCAGACAAGUCUCGUGAAAAUCCUACAGAAAAUAUGGACUUGGAUGCUGCACAAUUUUUGAGAAAAGAUUCAUUCCCUCACAACAGUGACCAACACACAUACAGGAAUUCAAGACAAACAUCAGAAACAGAAUUUAUGAGGCCAGGAGAAUAUGUGCCAAAAGAAGGGAAGACAUCUUCAAGAUUCCAAGGCAUUGAGCAUAUGAUCAACAUAUCUCCACAACUUCGACUCCAAAUGUUAAUGUGCAGAGAAUAUAAGAAAUACACCAAUAUAUUGCUGGUGGCCAUGUUUGGACGAGAGAUGCUGGCAACACAUAGUCUUAAUGGGACUGGAACUUCAAAACCAAGACUGGACAUUCAGAAAGUUAAUCAAAUUAUAGAUGCUGUGAUGACCAAAUUUGGUGUGGAUCAGCAUCAUGUCAAGGAAGCCAUAAGAAUAAAACUGAAUAAUGAAGACAAGCUGAAGAAAAGACUAACACAGAAAGCAUCCACUGGUAUAGGUGGUCUACAGUGAUAAGAAAGAUCAACUGUGGGCCAAUACUAUAGCCAUUUAAAUUAGACUUGUGACCUGUACAAACAUAUGAGGAUAACUAUAGUAAAAUGUAUUAAUGAAACCAGCUGCCACUCAGUAAAUAAUUUUGAGGAUCUGGAGGUUUAUUACUUAGUAAUCCAAUCAGUUUCUUUUAUUCUAUCAAGUUAAUCUAUUUCAAGGAGUGCCUUGACAUCACAUUUUUCAGAGGGAGUGAUGACCAAGUUACACCUGCUUCCAGAUAGUCUAUUUGAUGUUAAGACUUCUGAUAGUUUAUGUGAGUCAGUAACCCAGAAUAAAUUAAAUGAUCAAGUAGAAUGUGAAAACAGUGCCAUUAGAUUUUUUCAACCUUUUAGAUUCACACUUGGUCACUCAAAUGCUUCAGUUCAAAAUGUGUCACUCCAUAAUAAACAAUUGAGUGAGCAUUUAUGAGUUACAAGAUUGAUGCUUUAAGAUCUUGAUACAUGCUUCAACAAGUUUUCCUCCAAUUAAUGUAAUAGAUUUGGGUCAUACACUGAACCUUAAUGGUUAGUCACUUUUUAGAAAACUUAUCUUCACACUGGUAUUACUAAUGAAAUAUGGGCAGCAUGGGUCAGUGAUAAAAAUUUAACAUUGCUAAUACACAGUGAUCUACUGAUAUUACAAGAGUGCAUCUUGUUUAUUGGAACAUCCUCAUAUGUGUCUUUAUCUUAUAGAAAUAUUUAAACAAUAAAACCUCAAUCUUACUAACUUACCAAACUUACUAUAACAAAGAAAAUAUUGGGCCCUUACAGCAUAUAAUGUAAUACAUUAAUACUGGGUGUCACUGAGUGAUGUGCCAUCAAUGAUGGUGGAGUAUUAUGACCUUAGAAUUCAAUUAAGCAGGUCUGGGUAACACAAGUACAAAAAUUCUUCCUUGAAAAGUCCAUCCAUCUGUAGGUUUCAUUUACAAAACUGCUUAGUGGGAAAUAGCCCCACUGAAACACAUGAAAUGUUUUGAACAGCUUAUGGCGAUGAGGCUCUGUCCUCAGCACAAACAUUUCGAUGAUUUAAGAAUUUUCAAGAAGGCAGAGAGGAUGAGGAAGAUGAACCUCACAGUGAAUGAUUGAAAAUGAUCUCCAAAUUAGUGGACAAAGUGAGCAAUUUACUCACAAGAGACCACGAAUUAACCCUCUGAAUGAUGGGAAGUGAACUAAAUGUGAAUAAGGAAUUGGUAAGAUCCAUACUUAUCACAGACUUGGAACAUUCUGGUUGGUGGCUUUUGCAUGACAACACGUUGGCUCAUACAGCGAUCAAUGUAAGGACAUUUCUGACCAAAAAAGGGAUUGCAGUGCUCAGUCACCUCUCAUAUUCCUCCAACCUGGCUCCAUAAGACUUUUUCCGUUUCCCAGGUUGAAAUUGAGACUGAAAGGUAACUGAUUUGAUACUAUCAAUGGCAUUCAGAAACACGAUGGUAAAACCAAAUACCAUCACAGUAUCUGGAUUUGCCAAGUUAUUCCAAAGUUUAUAUGACUGCUGUAAUAAGUGUAUUCAGUCUGUUGGGGACUUUUGUUUGUGUCGUUACUUUUUGCCACACUAAGAUGGACAUGUAGCAUGCAUGGAGAGAAUAGAAAUGCACACAUUUUAGAUGUAAUACCUGAAAGGAGAAGAACACUUUGGAGACUUAAGCUUGUGUAGGAGGUUAAUUUCAAAUUGAGCUUACAGAAGUGGGUAUAUUCAAGUUGACUUGCUUAAGGCAGGAUACAUCAGCAGACUUGUGAAAACAGUAAUGAGGCUAUUGGUUUCAUAAAGGCAUAGAAUAUCUUGAAUGGCUGAACAGUUAAUAGCUUGUUAUGAAAGAUUCUGUUCCUGUCAGAUAUAGGCCUAUUAUCUUUAUGAAAUUUACUUGAAAACUUCCAGUGGAAAUUUCAUUUCAUUGUGUCAGUUCAAUAGUUUUGGAGAUAAAACAUACGGAUAUAUGAAACUUUUAACUUAAACCAUAAUGUCUUUAAUCCCCUUUAGUUUCACUGUAUGGAGGUUUUAUUGUAUGUUAAACUAGACUGCAAAGAAGUAGCAUGUAUAAUAGGAACUUUUACUUUUAAAUAGUGCUUAGCAUAUGAUAUAAUUAUACACUUACAUUUUUGUAUAUCUUAUAUGUGAAAUAAAUAUAACCAAGUAUGAUGAAUUAAUAAAUGCUAUGGUACAUUAUUUGUACAUAAAUAUUUGAUGAAAUUAUAAAGUGGAUUUUCAUAAAAAACAGACUUGUUUAAAAAAAAGCAAGAAAGUUCUGUGUAGGAUUUGAGGUUCUCAUAGUGAUGAGUAUGAAGAUGGCUGUCUUCUGGGUUUAAUGCUGUCUCCAUUGUCAGGGUGAUAAUCACCCUGAUGAUGGAGGCAGCAAGGAAAACAAUGGCAUUUCAGAUGCUGGUUCUACUCCCAUCUUCAGGCAAUCAGUGGGAGGUCAAAACCCUACUUUGUUGGGCCCCCUGGUUGAGCUAAUCUUAACAAAUUGUAUAAUUAAUGGAACAAUCAUGUAUUAUGUGUAAGACCAGAUUGUCAGAGUGACUUUUCCAAAGGGAGAAGUUAUCUGUGAGAUGAAAUAACUCAUUCUGGAAAUAACAGAUUAUCAUCAGUCUGAUAACACAGAAUUUGGUUUUAUGUUCACAACAUUAAAUUAACUUAAGGAUUAUUUAUUGCUGGAUGAGAUGAAAAGAAUGACUGUAUUUGGUGAAAUGGAAAGGACUGCAGAGGAUGCAGUCAUGACUUAUUUUAAAAUGUUAUCCUGGUAUUCACAUGGAGGAGUUGAGAAAAACACAAAAAUUACCUGGCUGGAUAACUGCCAUCAAGAUUCAAACCAGAGACUCCCCAAAUAUAUGUCAAACACGUUAUUAUCUGCUCAGUUUUAUAGGCUGCAUGUGGACUUUGACUUUCUGAGAGAUAUAAUUCUGAAGAUAGGUGUUAAAUUGUGCCUUACUACUAUGUGCUUGUUAAAUCUAAAGGAAAAUCAUGAUCCAAUGACACACAAAAGUUCACUGAUUUCAGUUAAAGUAAAGUGAGUAUCUUAACAGAAAGAGAUAUGAAGCAGAUUGAAAUUAAUUUUUCUUCACAAGAAGACUAGGAAAUCUGUGGUGGUAUAAGCACAAUUUUACAAUGUAGAUCUUUUCUUUGGGCCCAGAUUAAAGGGUGAUGAACAGAUGCUGUGCAUACACUUUAGCAGCCAUUACUGCAACAGCAAUGCUUAAAAAAUAAGACAGUGUGUAAAGAAUUAUCAGUUUUGAUUAGGAUGAGAUGAGUAGGAAACAAGAACUUCACAUAACAUUUUGGCCUGUAAAUGUCAUGGGAAGAGCCAAGUUUGGAGGCUUAGGAACAGAGAGAUGAUAUUAAAAUGGAUCUUGAAGACGAAGGCUUGAAGGGGUGAACCGGAUCUAAGUGGCAAGCUUAUGUGAUACCAAUUAUGAAUCUUACUGAGUACAAAUUGCUUCUGGGAGAUUCUGCAUCAUGAAACUAGUAAAAGCUAACAAAGUUUCACUAACAAGAAUACUUAUGAAUUGUCUACUGCCACUGCCAGAAAUGUUAAGAAACUCAGUUUUACUGAAUGUCUUACAGCAACAUGGAUAAAGUGACCACGUCAAAUGUCACACAGGUCGUUACAAUUUGUACUAAAGGAAUGUGACCAAUCUUCCUCACUAUUGAUUAUUUUCAAUUUCAAUGUAUCUGUGGUUACAUCCACAAAACCAGAUCAAAUUUUCAGUGCUCUAUGUGGUAUGUGAUGUGAUAUGCUCAUAUGACAUCAAUACCUCAUGUUAUUACUUAUCAGUUUUAUUAUGUUGGUUGAGGUGUAGCAUUUUCAGUACUUUCUAUGAUAGUAAGUUAUUUAGCCUGGGAAUAUUUUCUUUGGACAUCUAAAUAACAAAUGAUAUAACACACUGCAUAGCAUUAUCUUUCUCCAGAUAGAAGGAAACAGUGGCUAUAUUCUGGGAUGUUGCAUCAUGUAGUCUGGUAGAUACUGACAUUUCAGAGCUUACUGCCUCUACCAUCAAGGUGAUGAGUGACUCAUCAUCCUGAUGAUGGAGGCAACAAACUCCUCUGAAACAUCAGUCAAUAUCCACCAAAAUACAUGGUGCAACAUCCCAGAAGACAGCCACCUUCGAUUCUAGCUUGAUCUAAGGUUGGCAGUGCCAGGAAAGGUCCCUGGAGGCAUUAGAAAUCAACCAGCCAUAAACAGAUGUUAUGGGAACUGAUUCUCAGAAUAAAGAAUGUUUAAUGAA